AUGCCUCCCAGACCAUCACCGCCGCUCUUCGCAGUCCCGCCACGCUUCCUCUGUCCUUCUGUUUCCCGCCAAUUCGUCCGGACAAUCCGCUCCAUAGCCCCCAAACCGCGCGGCGGAACCCACCCCGAACGCUUCAAUGGCGGACGCUUUGCAAAAUCAGUCGGCUCCGGCCAGCACGCCGCCUUCGAACGGAAAGAACACGUAAUGCCACUUCGAACAGGCGCUCUCGCAAUAAAGAAGGGCAUGACGGGUAUAUACGAUCCGGUCACGGCCAAGCGGGAGCCCUGCACUGUUCUCCAGCUGGAUCGGUGUCAAGUAAUCAGUCACAAGAGAAGAGAUGUCCACGGCUAUUGGGCUGUACAGGUCGGCUGUGGAAUGAAAGAAGCCAAGAAUGUGUCGAGACCGGAGAGGGGGCAUUUCGCGAAACGUGAGGUCCCCAUCAAGAGGCAUCUGGCGGAAUUCCGCGUGAAGAAUGAGGAGAGCCUGCCUGAGAUUGGAAGUCUGAUCACGGCGGAUCUCUUCCAGGAAGGACAGUAUGUUGACGCGAGAGGCGUGACGAGGGGAAUGGGAUUCGCGGGUGGUAUGAAGCGUUGGGGGUUCUCUGGACAGCCCGCUUCGCAUGGUACCUCGCUCACACACCGAGCAAUGGGUUCAGCGGGUGCUAGUCAAGGCAGCGGAUCACGUGUUUUGCCGGGAAAGAAGAUGGCUGGUCGUAUGGGUGGAGAGAAUCACACGGUGCAAAACUUGAAAGUGAUGAAGGUGGAUGCCGAGAAUGGAAUUGUGGUCGUGAGCGGACCAGUACCGGGCCCGAAAUACAGCAUCGUCAAGCUUCAAGAUGCUCUCAAGAAGCCGUGGCCAGUCGUGGAGCUCACCGUUGGACUCACGCCCAUCAAGAAGACGGGCGGCGCCGCGAGGAAGAAAAUCGACGCCGCGGUGGAAGAAGCUUGA